CUCACCGACUGUUAGGCGGUCGUGUUAACGUCGCUCUUUGUAUAUGUUCCUCACGAUAUAAUCACGAAUAUAUUUGUGUGUUGUACGUACCUAGUACAUGUAUAGCGUGAAGGAUUACAUGUGAAAUGUACUGUGAAGUGACGCUCAGUGUCGUUUGAUGUUUGUUUGUGUGGAAGACAGUCACCAGAAGCAUUCAUGAUUCAGGAAUCGCAAUCAAGUAACGCCGAAAGAUGGAGUGGUCGGGGACCGGAGCACAACAUGGCACUCCAACAGAUCCUUAAGCUCCAAGAAGCGAGAGCCCUCCAUAAGACCUCUCUUCUCCCCAUUUACAAGAAGAAUGGUCUUCCUUCACCACCGGGAGCUAACUACGAGAAGCAUGACAAAAGGCCAGAAUACCUCGACACCAGGGCAUUCGAACAAUCAAAGCUGGAAGCUGAGUUCAGAAGGCUAAUGGAGCAUUCAGGCAGAGACGUCCGCAACGAUGAAUCUCUGAAAUAUUUCCAACAUAUGAUGGAAGCGAAACAACAUUACGAUUAUCUCAAAAGUAUUCAAGAUAGAGAAACCAGAAGCAGCCCCAAAGAAGCCACUACAGAAGUAAAGAAAGAAGCAGUGUCGCCCAGUCAUAAUAGGUCGACCCCAGUACCUCAGUCUCCCUCUCAUAGAGUAUCGUCAGCCGAAGCGUCUCCCAAUCACAGCAUUCGCCUAUCUACCUCAUCCAGUCCUCUCUCAACUACUAGUCCAAUUAACUCAUCACCUUUAAGUCACUUGCAAAAUAUGCAACCCUUCGAUUUUCGUAAACAAAAACCACAUGAGAACAAUGACAAAGAAGAGAGCAGAAAACCCUACGAUUUAGGCUCAGCUGAAAAGGCAACUAUGGACCUAAUGAGAAGUCAAUUCUUUAAUUUCCCAUUACCCACAAAUUUGCCUAUUCCACCAAUGACAAUGCCCUCGACAUUUAAUCACCAAGCAGCAAUGGUAGCUGCAUUAAGUCAAAACCCUAUGGGUUUAGCUUCACUUCAAGCUCUAUUACCUCAAAUGUCAGCGAAACCUACAGAACCAUCAGAAAAUAAAAUACAUAGCAACGGUAAAGGAAGAUCAGAUGAACUCAAACCUGAAGAUGACAAUGUUCUUAAUUUAAGCAAAGAUUCGUACGCAGAAGUCGCACAAAACUCUAGAAACAUGAUGCUUGGAAAGUGCAUCAGCCCACCGAAAAGACAAUGGGGUGCGUCCCAAAUGCCGCUAAAUCUAGGAACGCACUUUAUCAAUCCAGCGACGGGUAAAAAGCGUGUUCAGUGCAAUGUGUGCCUAAAAACAUUUUGUGACAAAGGAGCUUUGAAAAUCCAUUUCUCUGCUGUGCAUCUUCGUGAAAUGCAUAAAUGUACUGUCGAAGGCUGCAGCAUGAUGUUCAGUUCGAGAAGAUCUAGAAACCGUCACAGUGCGAAUCCUAACCCUAAAUUACAUUCGCCGCAUCUCCGAAGAAAAAUAUCACCUCACGAUGGAAGAACAGCGCAAGUUCAUCCUGUACUUAUUUCACCUCACAGGGCAGGGUUGAACAUUCCUCCAGUAAUCAAUCCUAUGCACCCAUUUGGUUCAUAUCCCCUUUUGAACCCACCACAUAAUAUGGGUCAGUUCCCGUCAAAUAUACCUCUAGACUACAAAAACAGCAUGAACAUGAACUUCUCGCCAUCCUUUGAUCACACGCAGCCAAUGCGUCGUGAGUCUGAUUCUGUAGAGAACAAAGACCAAGAUGGCCAAGGCGAGUCUGAUGAAGAUGACGGUAUCGUAGUUGUUGCUGGUGAUGACGAUGAUGAAGAUGGUGAACACAUUGAUACCAGUGACUAUUAUUCUACAUUGAACAAGUCCAUAGGUUCCAUAGAUGAUUCAGAAACGGACUUUGAUCAAAGAAGUGUGAGUGAUAACAACGAAGUAACUGACAAUAGAAAAGAUGAAACCGCUAGUCCUGAAGUAAUGAAAAGAAAACGCAAAAACCUUAAUCCUACUCGAUUACAUAAUCACUACAUUUCUGAAAAUGGUACGUCAAAUCAGAAACGUGAUCACCCUGAUACUGAGGAAAAUGAAAGUGCUGUUGAUUUAAAACGAGUAAAAACUGAGGAAAGUGAGGCAAACGGCGAGAGCAUCAAUGUUUCUCAUAACGAAGAUACUAAAACUAGCGAAGCCAAACCAGAAACACCAACUAUCAAAGACGAACCUACCGAUAUGAGCUACAACAUUCAAGACCUGAGGGUAAAGGAAGAACCAAUUGAUAAACAAGAAGUUUACAAGCCUGCUGACAAUAGACCGAAUGAAGAACAAUUUUCAUCAGAAAAUGCAUUGAAACGCCUUGAGAGUCUUUCUAAAGGCGAUUUUCCAACAGUUCCUAAGAAACACGAUACUCAUUCAUUAGGCCCGUACAAUCUGUCAAUGAACGAUUCAAUAGACUAUUCCGAUAGAUCACCCUCUUCUUCUGUGUCCAGUUUUGACUAUAACGCCGAAGACAGUCACGGUCAAAUUUUUGGCCACUUUGACAAUGGAUUUUUCGUAAGCACUACUGAUGUUCCUAUGGAUCAUGAGAAUCCCCGUAAAUGUACAGUGUGCGGAAAGAUUUUCCAAAACAUCUACGUAUUAAAGACUCAUUACCAAAAUGCGCAUUUAAAGCUUAUGUACAAAUGUAACGUGGAAGGUUGUAGAGCUGCAUUUACAUCGAAACGAAGCAAAGACCGUCACAGUGCGAACAUGAGUUUACAUCGAAAGAUUGAAGAAUACAGAAUAUCUGAAGAGUCUUCUCGCUUCUUAGACAAAAUACGAGAGCAGAUGGAAUUGAUUUCAAGGUACAAUGAGGAAGAGCGUGCAGUUCCUUACGUUGAAUCUCACAUCUACUACCGAGCGAAAGAAUCUGAUAAACUGAAGAACCAUUUGAGUCAACAGCUGCCUUUCCCAACUCCGUAUCCCCAUCUGCAACUACCAGAAUCCUAUCUUAGUAACAGGGACAUGUUUGCACAGCAUUCGUUCCUCUUUACACCGUUUGGUAUGCUCCCAAAUUUUCCUCCGAUCCCAUUAGGGUUCCUACCUCCAAGUCUGAACGCUUUCGGCUGUCAACCAAAUUAUUCCCCACCGCAUUCGAGAAAGCUUAACUAUUGUGUUGAAGACGAGGCACCACGACCGAAUAAAGAUGGGAGCUAUCCAUGUCGGGGUUGCAAAGAUAACUUUAAGGAUCUGACGAGCUUGAAGCAUCAUUGUGAAACCGUGCACGUGCAGUCGUUGCACCGGUGUUCGGUCAGCGGUUGCAACGCUGCGUUCUUCUCUAGAACUAAGAGGAAUAUGCAUUAUGAGUCUCAUAUGUCCCGCAGACAGAAUGGUAGAAUCCACGCAAAUCCCUCGUGACCUGAACAAAAUUGACUGUGUAGUAGAAUCUCCAGUGCAUUUGUGAUUUAAUUUAGUUUCACCAAAUAGUCUUGUAAAGUUAGUACCAGUACCUUUUUAUUCUCAGUAGGAUAUGGUGUGGUAUGUGUACAAAAGCGGCUCAGUCGUUUGUUUUUAAACUUUUUGCAGUGUAAAUAUUGACGUAGAUCGCUUAGAUUUUUCCAUGUGUUAUAGCAUAGAUAGUAUUUAAUUGUAAUUCAACAUUCCAAUAGUAAUAAAUCGUGCAAUAAAAAUGUAAAUAAAUAAUAGUGUAAUGUACAAAGUUUUGGCUGAUGUAUUUAGUAACGAAUGUAUAAUUAAGUACUUACAAUUUUAAAUGAUGUAUAGUUGUGAAAGUAUAGAACGUUUCCGUCUAAAUUAUGUUUUGGUCUUUUGGCACAAACGAAAUUAUCGCAACAAGUUAUGUAUCAUGUUAAUUUACGUAAAGAAACGGCUUCGUCCUUUGUUUUUAUUUAUCUUUUUUAUAUUAAAUCCUUUUUCUUUUAUGCCUCGUUGCAUUAAGUCCCGUAACUAUAUUGUGAAAAAGUUUUUUGAUCAUAUCUCCUAAUAUUUUGGUGCUAAAAUAUGUCAAAUUAUAAUUUCAAUGUUAUUGCUGUACAUUUUCUUGGUGUUUCUCAAUCAAGUCUACGUGUAAUGUGAAAUAUUAGAAUACCUACCUUAAAUUGUAUAAGUACCAAAAAGUAUUAAAAACACUAUAAUAUUAAGAUUGUACUGUGUAAAUAAAACAUAUAUACUUCCUUUUUGCCAAACGAUAAUAAGUAUGUAAUAAAAAGUUUGGAAAAUUU